AACGAUAGGGGGGAAAAUAAAACAAAGACAGUAUUUAAUUAAAUUCUUUAUGAACACUCGGCUGCGUGCUUUUAACUUUUAGAAAUGUUCUCUCGUUCCCUGCCGUUUUACGGGUUGCGUUCUCCUUUGUUCUAUCAGAAACAUAAAACCAAGAGCUGCCAGCUUCAUGCUCAAGUACCACUACUGCUGCAUGUAUUGUCCUAACAAUACCGCUUGCUACUGGCCUAUGCAGCAGAGUCUAUUCCAUGCUAUGUAGUCCUUUGUUGUGUGGGAACGCUGCCAAAAAUGGCCCGUCGUUCCCUAGUACCUUAUUGAUUGUGAAGGCCAAGCUCUAAGUUCGUUGUGAAAUUUCCAGUGUUUCGGUCCGCUGGUCACCGUUCCACCAUUGUUAUCGACCUGUCUUCUUAUAGAUCUAGAAUCUACCCCGCGGUUAGACGUCAGUUACCUGACCCACUUAGCACCUGCGUGCGCACUGUGAUCGUCCGCUAGUUUGAAGAUCCAGCGCGGGUAGUGGUGCGCGCAAGUUGCUUUGUGCCAGGCUUUGCAGUGGAUGAUGAUGUCCAGUAUCGAUCUUUCGCGUCGAUCUUCUUAUCUCCCUUCGGAAUUGCCAUAGCAACAGUUUGUGACCUCACAUCAUCAAAUAUGGCGGCGUGAAUAGAAGCCGGAGAGGAAGUUUUCUGACAUCUCCUCCGAAAUGAGGAUUGCUGGAAUUGUGUGGUUCAUUGUGGCAACUUUGCCCCAAGCCCUAGCUAAAUGGCGAGAGGGGGUCAUCGACACGGAUCGGGAUUGGGCUUUUCUCACCCGCUUCUGCUUCCUCACACAGCAGGGAUCUCUCUCCUACGACUUCAAGUACCCAGUGGGCUAUGGAACUCAGGAGAUUCUCAUGUACUAUGACGAUCCCGGACAAUGGGACUCAAUUUACAAAAGGGGCAAGAACUGCACCCAAAAGAUGUCAGUUUUGAGCAUCACAAGCAACCAGAUUCUUGCCCUGAACACGAGUGUCACCCAAACCUCAAAAUAUGCUGGCUGCACUUUGUUCAACCAAGGUGGGGACACGUGGUACCACUGUGUGGGUCAGAGAACAUUCCGGUCCUCACGGGAACGCUGGUGGUACAUCGCCGUGGCGCGGUGUGGACCUCCGAAAGACCUGGUCGUGUCCUGCGAGCGGCCAGCAACACAAUCUUCAUUUUGUUGCUGAUCCUGAUGGCCAAGGGCUACACCAUCACGCGGGGCCGCCUGCCUAUAUCCAGCACCAUCAAAAUCACCGUCUUCAUGUCUGUCUACGCCGUGAUCAUCUCUGUACUUUUUAUCUGGGAGGGGCUGCUGUUUGACCCGGGCAAGGUCCUGUACUACUACGAGAGCCCCCCUGGGUACGGCCUGAUCGCCAUGCAGCUCAUCGCCUGGCUGUGGUUCCUCUACUCCCUGGUCUUCACCCUCAAGCACUGCUCCAGCAAGACGCGCUUCUACAUACCCUUCUUCUCCUUCUACACUGUCUGGUUCUGGGCUAGUCCAGUGGUCACUUUGGUGGCCAUGUUUGCGAUGGCGAAAUGGAGCCGAGAGAAGACGGUCAACGGGGUGGAACAGUUUGUGGGGUUUGUGGGCCACACCUUUUUCCUGUUCCUGACAAGGCCCAGUGCGGCUAAUGGCAAUUUCCCGUACCAUGUCAGGACUACUCAGAUUGCGACAAUGGGCGGUGAGGAGCACCUGGAUGGGAACCCCUACACGGUCAGCUCCCGGGACGGUUUGUCGGGCUCUGGGCCCAACCUGGAGUUUUUCAUCACCUCGAAGGAGGUGGACAAUGAGGACACGAUGGACGGAGAGAGCCGAGUGAUAUUCUCCGUCUCCGGACAGAGGGGUAAUCCCCCUUCGUACAACGAUCCGCCCCCAGCCUAUCCCCAGGUCGUGGAGCGUCCAGGCGUUGCCUCCAGCAGCUCUGUAGGAGGCAGUGGGGACGCAUCGACGGUCCACACCACAGGGGCCGGUCCUGACCACCCAGUCUCCAGCGCAGGCAGUGUCCAGCACAUUCAUAACUACGGUGGUGUCAUCAUCAACUCUGUCAACAACAACAACAACAACAACAAUGUCAACAACAACAUGAACAAUAACAACAAUAAUAGCAACAACAGCAACAGCCUGGUGAGCAAUGUAAAUAGCAAUUUCCAAGCCAGAAACGCCUUCGUGCCACCCAUUUUAAGCGGUCUGCCGCCCUCUGCGGGUCGAUGGGCUCUCCCUCCACUGGUCCGUGGUUCAGUUCUGACAGGCCACGUCCCAUCCGCCCCACCUAUGGAUCCCGUGGAGGAGACGGAACAGCCUCCUGAGAAUUUUGAGGGAACUUCGUCAAAGAAUAAGAAGAAAAAGAAGAAGAAGUGAAGGCAUGCGGAGAGGUUGAGCAGGUUGAAGACUGAUGGUUUUGUGAAUUUUCAAUCCAAAUGAAAUGCUCAGUUUAAGUCUCUGUCAUACGUUACAAUUCAAAAUGGCAUGUAGGGAUAUAACAGAGUCUUACUAUAAUCAGUCGAAAUAUCCUACCUUGUUAAGAAAUAGUGUGAUUUACUAAAAUUUCAUGAGGAAGAAAUUUUUUAGCUCAAUGCUGCAGUUCAUACUGGCUCUCAAAGCUAAUUUUUGGCUGCAGUAUUGUGUUGUCUUCACUGAAUUUGCCUCCUCCACCCCUCCCCCUCCUGGUCACUAGAAUGAACCCCUCAGCUUACCUUUUCGGAAACAUGAGCAUCUCUACUUAUGUAGAUCGUGAGCAAAUUCAGUAGUCUCUCUGCUUCACAGUUUCUUCGUCCAAUCAAAAACAUGUUUGUGUUUUAGACAGGAUUGGGAUUUUUGUUUGUCUGUGUUUGUAUUGUUAUUUGUACCCCGGGUUGCUCUUUCAACCGACAGUACUUGGUGAUAGUACUAAUAAUAACAAAAUGAUAAUAAUAAUAAUAAUAUUCAUAAUAAUGAUGAUAGUAUUGAAUCUCAUUUAUGCGAUGCUUUUCUGCUCUCAGUGCUCAAUGUACUUAACAGCAAAAAUUACGUAAACAUUGUCUUUAUUCAUUCAUCAUUACCAACAUAAUUAGGUAGACUUGGGCUCUCAGCUCCUGUCUUUCUUGAUCUGUCUUACACACACUUACAUACACAUGCACGCACAUAUGCACAUGCACAUGCACACACACACACACACA